CCCCGUGCACCCCUGAGGUUGGGGUUCACUGUCCCCCCCUGAGGUCGGGCCCCUGUCCACUGUGGCAGGAGAUCUUCACAAGCAGAGGCCCCCGAGGCGAUGCCCCGCGUCAGCCAGAAUCGGAAGGUCGGUCCCUCGUGGGGUCAGUGGGCAAGGCCUGCAGGACCCGGCGGCCGGUGCCUCGGUUUCCCCGCCUGCAGAGGUGGAGGCCCCACUGUGACUCGGGCCGUCACGGGCAGGACCGCUCACUGACCGGAAACGGAGGCCAGACUCUCGUGAAAUGUCUGGGUUUCCCCUGUGACUCUCAGGCUGCGAGACUGAAGGGGCGACGCUUGAAAAGCAGUUCAUGAGGGGCCCUCCGCUGUCAGGGGGCCUGGGGCCGUGGAGCGCAGCCGUCGGCCCCUGUCUGUGCGGCCAGGGCUGGGGUCUGACUGCUGUGGUCACUCAGUCACUCAACAACCACCUCUGUCUUCUCAGCACCAGCCCCUCUGUUCACACGGAGCCAUGUGCCGCCACCCGGGUGCCCGUGGGCAGGACGCAGGGCAGGGGCUGUCCCGGCCCCUGAAGGCCUUCUCGGAGCAGCUGCGGGCCUGCUGCCGCCCACAGACGUCCCCGGGAGGAGGAUGGGCCGGCGGGCCAGGGCGCCACCUGGUGGGCAUGAGCGGGAUGCUCCCUCUGGGCACCGGCUUUCUGAAGCCUGUGGUGCAGACCCACCUCCCGUCUCCCAGCCCGUCUAGGCGUCCACGUGGUCUCCGGUCUCCGUACCUGUGCCGGCCUCGGAGGCCCGGCCAACACGGCCAGGUGGACGCCAAGAUGUCGCUUGUCACCGUGCCUUUUUACCAAAGGAGACACAAGCACUUCGACCAGUCGUAUCGCAAUAUUCAGACGAGGUACCUUAUGAACGAAUAUGCAGCAAAAAUGCGCUCGUCCUCCCGGUCGUCCUCCCAGUCGUCCUCCCAGCAGUCUCUCACCGAGAAGUCGUCUUCCCAGCGUGCUGCCAGCCAGCAGCUGCUGCCACAGGGCACGGUCUGCAGGCUCUGCGCCAAGAGGCUGAGCUCCGAGGAGGAGGAGAGCGAGCAUGAGAACAAGAGAAGGUACGCCCUGGUCCCCUCAGGCCGCCUGGGUCACAGGUCGCAGCCCUCCCACCGGCCCCGGGACAGGGCGGGAGAGAGCGCAGGAUGGGCUGACAGGAGCCUGGAGGACAGGUACAAAAACGGCACCCUGAUCAGCCAGGCGGCGGAGCCCGGCAAGUACAGGAUCGAGAGCAAGUACGGUGUGCACACGCUGGAGAUCAACAGGGCAAACUUUGACGACACCGCCACCUACUCAGCCGUGGCCACGAACGUGCACGGGCAGGCGUCCACCAACGCGGCCGUGGUGGUGAAACGGUUCCGAGGGGAAGAGGAGCCGAUCCACUCCAUGGGGCUCCCGAUUGGCUUGCCCUUGCCGUCCGUGGUGCCGUACAUGCACUUCGACGUCCAGUUUCUGGAGAAGUUCGGGGUCACCUUCCGGAGAGAAGGCGAGACGCUCACUCUGAAGUGCACGCUGCUGGUGACGCCGGACCUGAAGCGGGUGCAGCCGCGCGCCGAGUGGUACCGGGACGACGUGCUCCUGAAGGAGUCCCCCUGGACACAGAUGUUCUUUGGGGAAGGCCAGGCCGCGCUAUCCUUCAGCCAGCUGAGCAAGGACGACGAGGGCCUCUACACCCUCAGGAUCGUGUCCCGCGGCGGCAUCAGCGAGCACCGCGCCUUCCUGUUCGUCAGAGAUGCGGACCCGCUGGUCACAGGGGCUCCGGGCGCACCCAUGGACGUGCGGUGCCAUGAUGCCAACCGAGACUAUGUCAUCGUGACCUGGAAGCCGCCCAACACGACCUCGGAGGGCGCCGUCAUCGGCUACUUCGUCGACCGGUGCGAGGUGGGGACGAACAGUUGGGUUCAGUGCAAUGACUCCCCCGUAAAAAUCUGCAAGUACCCCGUGACGGGGCUGCUGGAAGGGCGGUCGUACGAGUUCCGCGUCAGGGCGAUCAACAGCGCGGGCGUCAGCCGGCCGUCCCGAGCCUCGGAGGCUGUGGCUGCCCUGGACCCUGCUGACCUCACCAGGUUACAAGCCGUCCGUUUGGGGGAAGAUAAAGAAAUUGUGAUCUAUCAGGAUGACCUGGAAGGCGACGUGCAGAUCCCGGGGCCGCCCACCAACGUGCACGCCUCAGAGGUCAGCAGGACCUAUGUGGUCCUCAGCUGGGAGCCCCCCGUCCCCCGGGGCAAGGAGCCCCUGACCUACUUCAUUGAGAAGUCCAUGGUCGGGAGCGGCAGCUGGCAGCGAGUCAAUGCCCAGACAGCGGUCAGGUCGCCGCGCUACGCCGUCUUUGACCUCGCGGAGGGGAAGCCCUACGUGUUCCGCGUUCUGUCUGCAAACAAGCACGGGCUGAGCGACCCGUCGGAAAUCACGCCCCCCAUCCAGGCCCAGGACACCAUAGUCACCCCCUCUGCGCCCGGCCGGGUCCUUGUAUCCCGGGACACAAAGACGUCGGUCGUGGUGGAAUGGGACAGGCCAAAACACCAAGAGGACCUACUCGGCUACUACGUGGACUGCUGCAUGGUGGGAUCCAACGUCUGGGAGCCCUGCAACCACAAGCCCAUCAGCUACAACAGGUUCGUGGUGCACGGCCUGACCACGGGCGAGCAGUACAUGUUCCGCGUGAAAGCGGUGAAUGCCGUGGGGACCAGCGAGAACUCGCAGGAGUCGGACGCCAUCAAGGUCCAGGCCGCGCUCACCAUGUGGGCUCCACGGAGCUCCGCACAGGGCUGCACACAGUCAGGAGGUUCUGUGACUGUCCGCCAUGUGGGCUCCACGGAGCUCCGCACAGGGCUGCACACAGGAGGUUCUGUGACUGUCCGCCAUGUGGGCUCCACGGAGCUCCGCACAGGGCUGCACACAGGAGGUUCUGUGACUGUCCGCCAUGUGGGCUCCACGGAGCUCCGCACAGGGCUGCACACAGGAGGUUCUGUGACUGUCCGCCAUGUGGGCUCCACGGAGCUCCGCACAGGGCUGCACACAGGAGGUUCUGUGACUGUCCGCCAUGUGGGCUCCACGGAGCUCCGCACAGACCUGCACACAGUCAGGAGGUUCUGUGACUGUCAUGUGGGCUCCACGGAACUCCGCACAGGCCUGCACACAGUCAGGAGGGUCUGUGACUGUCAUGUGGGCUCCACAGAUCCCACCACAGACCUGCACACAGUGGAGGGAUUGACCGAAGGCGCAUCCUAUGAGUUCAAAAUCGCUGCCAGCAACCUGGUGGGCAUCGGGCAGCCCUCGGACCCCAGCGAGCUCUUCAAGUGCGAGGCCUGGACGGCGCCGGAGCCGGGUCCCACGUACGACCUGACCUUCUGUGAGGUCAGGGACACCUCGCUGGUGCUGCUGUGGAAGGCCCCCGUGUACGCGGGCAGCAGCCCCGUGUCCGGCUACUUCGUGGACUACAAGGAGGAGGGCUCCGAGGAAUGGACCACCGUCAGCGAGGCGCCCACGGCCCAUCGCUACUUAAAGGUGUGUGACCUUCACCAGGGUCAGAGCUACGUCUUCCGCGUGCGGGCAGCGAAUGCCAGUGGCGUGGGGAAGCCGUCGGACCCGUCGGAGCCAGUGCUCCUGGAGGCCAGGCCGGGCACGAAGGAGGUCAGCGCGGGGGUGGACGAGCAGGGCGACAUCUACCUGAGCUUCGACUGCCCGGAGAUGACUGACGCCUCCCAGUUCACCUGGUGCAAGGCCUACGAGGAGAUCGCCGAUGAGGACAAGUUCCGGGUGGAGACCGUCGGGGACCACUCGAAGCUGUACUUCAAGAACCCGGACAAGGGGGACCUGGGCACCUACGCGGUGUCUGUGAGCGACACGGACGGGGUGUCGUCCAGCUUCGUGCUGGACGAGGCAGAGCUGGAACGCUUGAUGGCGCUGAGCAACGAGAUAAAAAAUCCCACCGUCCCGCUCAAAUCCGAGCUGGCCUACGAGGUGUUCGAGCACGGCCAGGUGCGCUUCUGGCUGCAGGCCGAGCAGCUGUCCCCCGACGCCAGCUUCCGGUUCGUGAUCAACGACCGGGAAGUCUCCGACAGCCCGACGCACAAAAUCAAGUGCGACAAGUCAACCGGCAUCAUCGAGAUGGUGAUGGACCAGUUCACGGUGGAGAACGAGGGCACCUACACGGUGCAGAUCCACGACGGGAAGGCCAAGAACCAGUCCUCCCUGGUGCUCAUCGGGGACGCGUUCAAGGCUGUCCUGGACGAGGCUGAAUUUCAGAGGAAAGAAUUUCUCAGGAAACAAGGCCCCCACUUUGCCGAGUACCUGCACUGGGAUGUCACUGAGGAGUGUGAAGUCCGCCUGGUCUGCAAGGUCGCGAACACCAAGAAGGAGACGGUGUUCCGGUGGCUGAAGGACGACGCCCUGUACGAGACGGAGAGCCCGCCGGACCUGGAGCGGGGCGUCUGCGAGCUGCCCCUCCCCAAGUUGUCCAAGAAGGACCACGGGGAGUACAAGGCGACCUUGAAGGACGACAGAGGUCAGGAUGUGUCCACGCUUGAGAUAGCCGGCAAAGUGUACGAGGACAUGAUCCUGGCGAUGAGCAGAGUCUGUGGCUUGUCUGCUUCUCCCCUGAAGAUACUGUGCACCCCGGACGGAAUCAGACUGCAGUGUUUCAUGAAAUACUUCACCGAGGAGAUGCACGUGAACUGGUACCACAAAGAUGCUAAGAUCGCGUCCAGCGAGCACAUGAGGGCGGGCGGCAGCGAGGAGAUGGCAUGGCUGCAGAUCUGCGAGCCCACGGAGAAGGACAAAGGGAAGUACACCUUCGAGAUCUCGGAUGGCACAGACAACCACCAGCGCUCGCUCGACCUGUCCGGCCAAGCCUUCGACGACGCGCUGGCGGAGUUCCAGCAGCUCAAGGCGGCUGCUUUUGCAGAGAAGAAUCGUGGCAAGGUGAUCGGUGGUUUACCUGACGUGGUGACCAUAAUGGAAGGCAAGACCUUGAACCUGACCUGCACGGUGUUCGGAAACCCCGACCCCGAGGUGGUGUGGUUCAAGAACGACAAGGACAUCGAGCUCAACGAGCACUUCUCGGUGAAGGUGGAGCAGGCCAAGUACGUCAGCAUGAGCAUCAAGGGCGUGACCUCUGAGGACUCGGGCAAGUACAGCAUCAACGUCAAGAACAAGUACGGGGGCGAGAAGAUCGACGUCACGGUCAGCGUGUACCAGCACGGGGAGAUGAUCCCUGAGGUGCAGCCGCCCCAGCAGGCCACACCCAAGCUCAUCCCCGCUUCCGCCUCCGGCCCGUCCCAGUGAGGCCGCGCCCGCCGUCGGGGUGCUGUGUGCUGUGCCCAGUGCUGUGUGCCGUGCCCAGUGCGUGUCGCCAGCUGAGUGUCCCCACGCGUGGUCUGAGAGCGAGCCCACGCUCCGCGUGUUUAGCUUUGGCAUUUGUUCAGUAUGGUCUAGGGCCCACAAGGCCGGAAGCCAAGGGCUCUGUGCGGCGUCCUGUCCACGCCCAGGGGUGGACUCCUAGUGCCGACAAGACCCAGCAGCCCUGGCUCCUGGCUGGAGCCCUUUAUGUUGUGCUACCGGCCACUGUGUUUUCUCUUGCUUCCAACUAAUAAAACUUUAUGAGG